AUGGCCGGUCAGAUCCUGAAGGACGAUUUGUGGUGGCAUGGUCCGAGCUUCCUCAAAGACCCCGUCGAUUGUUGGCCCGAGUGUGUGGUUUCGACGCCAGAUGCUCAGGAAUUACAGACAGAAACUCAGCAAGUAGUUUCGCUGCACAGCUUCAUAGUCGAUUCGUCGAUAUUCGAGCAGUUUUCGGAUCUUGGUAGAUUGGUCAAAGCCAUAGCACGCUGCUACCGAUUUGUUAACAACACUAAACUACCAAAAGGUAAACGAAAGAAUGGAAUGCUUUCCCCUGUGGAAUACGAACACGCACUCAAGACGCUCGUUCGUCAGGCCCAACGUGCGGCCUUUCCUACCGAAGUUCGACUUUUUGAGAAGAAUCAACAAGCAGUUGAACCCAAAUUCGCGUCGAAAUCACCACUCAAGAACCAGAAUUUGUUCAUGGAUCAGUUCGGGUUGCUCAGGAUCAGUGGAAGACUGAGAAAUUUCAACGCACCUUACGACACUCGUUUCCCGAUACUGCUACCAACUGAUCACAGACUCAGCUGGCUGAUCGCUCGAUCCAUUCACGUCCGCACACUGCAUGCUGGUCCUUCGUUGCUGCUCGCUACCAUACGUCAGCGCUUCUGGCCACUCCGGGGUCGACAACUCGCACGAAAGGUGGUACGCAAAUGUGUAACAUGCUUCCGGUGUCAGCCGCAGCUAACUCAACAAAUCAUGGCACCGCUUCCGUCUGUUCGUGUAACGCCUGCUAGAGUUUUCGAACACUGUGGGAUGGAUUACUGUGGGCCGUUUCUCGUGCGUCCGUUGAGUGGAAGGGGUGCGUCGGUGAAAAUGUACGUCGGUCUUUUCGUGUGCUUAGUGGUGAAGGCAGUGCACCUUGAGGUCAUCGCAGAUCUCUCGUCGAAUUCGUGUAUUAACGCCGUUAGAAGGCUCGUCGCGCGUCGCGGUCGAGUGCGUGAACUACACUGUGACAACGGCACCGCAUUUGUCGGUGCAGACCGAGAACUCCAAUCGCUACGCAAGGAAUUUCUUCGUCAAUUUGAUUCCGAGGACUGGAGGACCUACUGUUCAGAGAACGGAAUCACAUUUCGUUUCAUUCCGGCUCGAUCACCGCAUUUCGGCGGGAUUUGGGAGGCUGGAAUCAAAUCGUUCAAAUUCCAUUUUCGUCGCAUCAUGGGCAACCGUUCCUUUUCCGUGGACCAGUUCCUGACCGCAGCUGCCCAGAUCGAAGCCGUCCUCAAUUCUCGUCCUCUGUCGCCACUUUCCGAUUCUCCCGCUGAUUACUCCGCCUUGACGCCUGGACACUUCCUUAUUGGAGAACCACCCUUUUCCAUACCCGAACCAGACUUGACCGAUUUGAACCCUAACCGACUCUCCCGUUUACAGGAGAUGACACGCUCAAUCCAAGACCUUUGGCGCUGUUGGAAACGGGAUUAUGUCAGCCAGUUACAGCAUCGAACGAAGUGGAAACAGUCGUCUCCUGAUGUCCGCACUGGUCAGCUUGUGCUCCUCAAGAAGGACUACUGUCCGCCGCUACAAUGGCCGCUUGGGCGGAUUGUUGAAGCCAUUGCUGGAAAGGAUGAAAGAAUUCGUGUGGUCGUUGUCAAGACUGCUAGUGGAGAAUAUAAACGAGCGAUCACGGAGAUCGCUGUACUGCCGAUUGAUCCUGAUGAAGAAGACAACACCGUGGCUGGACCAGGUCCAGUUAGAACGUCACCGUAG